CCCAAGCACGGCCACAGCAACCCACACUGCACGAUUCGCAGCCUCAUCAAUUCCACGCCAUUCCCGACGACAUCAACCGUUGCAACCACGUGAACACAUCACCACAACCCCGACCCGACCAACAGGAGCGACGGCGACGACAGAAACAUCGGCGAUCGCCUCACACCGAAAAUUAUUUGGCCUCUGGCAAGAAAGAAGACAACAAUAGGCGACUGGCAGAAGAACCACCGCACUUCCCCGGCCAACCGAACCUAAUCGACGUCUGCGAUACCUUCAAUAAUAAUGGCCGCUCUGCCUUUUCACCCGAGAUGACGUCCCGGCCCUCUCUGGCCGUCCAGCAGCAGCGGCAGCCCACGAGAUCGCUGAGCGGUGGCCCUCCGAUGAGGCAGUCGGGUCCUCCUCCUCCCCAGCGAACCUUGAGCCAGUCCUACUUGCCGCACGACCUUGCCGGCGACGUCGCUCCUCGAAAUGGCGCCAGCAUACGUCGAGGAGGCUCGCGCCUCAAGUUGGAACUUUCCAACGACUCCUUUGGCCAUUUGGCCAGCCUUGGCGACUCGCCCACCGCCGCUAUCGACUCCUCCAAGGCCUUCACACCCUCGCGCAUCAUGUCCAUGGCCGAUAGUGCCUCCGAUAUCGAUAUGGGCGCACUGAGCCCCAAUAACCCAAAUCGCGUAUUACCAGACGGCAUGUCAAUGCUUGACACGCCCUCAGAACCCCCAAAUACUGCACUGCCGAUGCCGCGGCGUCGCAAUCGAUUCCCCGUACCCGAUCCUCGUAGAAAAUCCGCACCGGCUCCUCCUCCGCCGCUCAAGAAAGAUGCAAGACCGAGGCCCUGGGCAAUCGAAACCCCGAGCAUUGCGCCCAAAUAUCAUCAACGCACCCCAGAUCCGCAUGCUCCCGGAGUAGCAACUCGUGGGACUUCUACAUCAAGUAGAGCAGGAUCUUCCACAACUAGUGGUGCGCAAGUCGGCCAUUGCGCCGAUUUCUUUCCUUGGGUUGGUGACCAUCCGGAGGAUCAUUUCUCGCAUAAAAUCAUCACGGAGGGACAUUACGAGCGCCAACCAGGCCAGCAUGAGACAUCAUCGGCCAGAAACUAUGUUUUCCAGGCCCUCAAACAAAACCGAGGCCUGCAGGGUCUAUCGCUUGUGUACAGCGAGGUCAUGAGGCACAGGAGAGAUAUUGGCCAAGUUGUAGCACCACCCAGCUUCAAGCCACCGCCGCGAGUGACUUUGACCGAUACAAAGCGUGAGGUCUGGCUGAGGGACCUUGCGAACCCAGCAAUUACGUUACGCCGGCUCAGCCGGACUAUACCUCAUGGCAUCCGUGGGCGAGUGUUACUCGACCAGUGCCUCAACAAGAAGGUUCCUGCCGAACGCGCUGUUUGGCUCGCCAAAUGCGUCGGCGCCAACGAGAUCCGUGCAGUCAAGCGCAAGGGAGCCAAUGGUGCUCUGGUAAUGGGUGGCGAGGCCAAGUGGAUCCGCGACUGGACUAUCUGUGUCGAACAGUUUGUCGAAACCUCAGUGCUGCUUGUCGCCUCUUCCGACUGGAGCAAGUGGAGGGCUGACUAUGCGGUCCGCCUUGCGCGCCAUUUGUUUUGCGCCGAACUUCUCGACAAAGACCAUUACUUAGAAUGGCUAGUUACAGGCGUGGAGAACAGCAACUUCUCCAAACUCCCGUUUUGGCUCGUUCUGUCUCAAAUACACUGGAAAGACAUCCUUCGCCUCAGGAAACAUGGCCGAAGACUAGUCUGCGAUAUCCUCAGCCACCUUCAAACUAUACAAGCACACCCCGAGCGUGAGCUGUUCCAACCCUUGGAAGAGCAACUCACUUCAACAGUUCGAAGUCUUAUGAUGAUGGCACCGGAGAGCUUCGUGCUGCCUUCAAAAUGGCCAAAAUUACGAACAACAGUCCAGAACAUCUUGGCGCAUGAUGACUGGCCCUUACAAACAGUAUUUCGAACUAUUGAUACUCGCAAUGAACAGUUAACUGCCGGCUGUGUUCGAUCGCAACCGGCGGCUCGAAGCGUAUUGAUCAAAGUGCUUGACAAUGCACUGCAGUCAUCGAUUCCUGAGGAUCUAUCGGCCCGCUGCUUGGCCGUCAACAAGGAUAUUGGGGCUGUUGCCAGGAUCUUGCUGGAAUGGGCUACCUCUUCCCAGCGGCCCGGAUCGACCAAGAUAUACAUCGCUGCUUACCUACUGAGCAGCUGGGCGUCGCUACCUGGCUUCGGAAUCACUGAUACCAUCCUUAGAUUCCUUAGUUCUACGGCGAUUCAGGAUAGCCUGCGUAAGGAAUUCAUAUUCCACCUAGUGGCCGAACUGGUCAGAGCCGAGCUGUUCUCGAUGGAAAGGUAUAUACAAUGGCUUAUCGCUCGAGGUGGUGUCAAAAAUUCCACCGAUGUGGACCCGGACGGACCUGCGGAUACACGCCUUCUGGUCGAACUCCCAAUAAACGCAAUAAGCGACUCUUUGAAGAACAUCCGAGCCAGCAUGCUGAGGAGAGCAACCUACCCCGUCGCGGAUCAAAACCGAGAGAUCGAAAACGCCAUCGACAUUACGAAGCGGAUCAUGGGCUGGGGCCAACUUGCCUUCCCGGGGAAGCACGUGCCAAACAUGUCUUUACAGAAGUUCACGAAACGACUCACAAGGGCUGGCUUUCAGGUGAAAGUGCAGGUUGCGGUCUGGCUGCGAGGGGCCUUUAUGGACACAAUCAAGUCACACCAGGCUUCUGAUCAGAAGGAAGGAUUUUGCAGCCUCUCUGACACCAUCUUUUGCAAUGUGCGCAGGAUCUUGGAAGCCUGCGAGGACUUUCGUAUGCUCGGUGAAGUUAUCCAGGCUCUUGUGCCUAUGACUAUGUGUGCAGACAUUCUGGCAUCCUGCAGUGACACCCUCACCAUGCACACUCAGGUCUUUGCCGCACUGAGGCAGCUCAACCCACUAUCGGACUGUCUGAUGUCAAGAUUGACCCCAAUAGUUGCCGAAGAGACCGGUCCCGGAGUUAGACGGCUGCUGGCAUCGAUCACCAGCCUAGUGGCUUGCUUACCUGGCAAGGAAGACCUGGCUGUCAAACUUGGCAUGGAUCUUGUGCGCUAUGACAGAAGCUCAGCUAUCGAUGCAUGCUCGCCGGUGUCUGAUAACAACCCCGACGGCGAUUUGCAGGAAGAAGGUGCCAUCGAGCGGUUGCUUGCCAGCGGCAGUAGUAUGGACAAGCCGACGUUGGAGCGUCUCUUCGGAACUCUAGUCGACACUCUCAGGCCAAACAAUGGUGAUGAGAGCAUGGAGAAAUUCAGAAGCUCGAUCAGUCUACUUACAAAACUGCGCGUAUUCGACUCGGAAUACUUUGAUGCCCAGAUGACCAAGUGGAUCCAGACUCGAAGCAAGUCACCCGGCGCCAUCCAAGUUCUACGCCUUUAUCCGCUUAUGGUUUCUUCCGGCUGCUUGAGCUUGCCGCUCCUCGUGACCGCGCUGUACGGAGAUACGUCAGUGCAAGAUUCAGCUGCCACAACUGGAGCGAGGCCACCCUUGUUCCAUCAAGAAAUCGUCAAGCUCCUCAUUCGGCCUCUUUCCGAACGUUCAUCUACCUCUAUGUCAGCAGAUGAGCAGUAUAGAUUUCGAAUCGCGCAAUCCCUGGUCAUUAAGAAACAUCCCGUCGCGGUGUUGACUGCCAUGAGACUAGCCAUCGGCGAGUUUGCAGGUAGCCCAACUGAAGGGAGAUCCAAUAUGCCACUCGCCGACAAGAUCCUACGCACGUGUAUACGAUCAGCGCUUAUGGAACUGGCUCUUGGAGAUUCGAACGUGGUUGCCCGUGUUCUGCUAAACAACAAGCAGGCAAAUGCAGCCCAAGUAGCGGCACUACUGGAGACUGAGAUGGAUAAGAUCCUACUACCCGCGAAAACAGGCCUUGGCGACGUGGACUCGGAGACGGCUUUGCAUAUCUCAUUCGAGGAGAUCCUCCAGCUGACAAACGAACUCACACUGCCAUUUUGUCAGCUCAAGCUUCGGGCAAGUCUCGCUGCAGAGAGCUCUUCAUUAGCAGGCGGCCAAGCGGGUGACGCUGGUCAACGUUUACAAUCGCAACUCGAUCUCUUUGCAGGCGCGAUGGAUAAGGCCAUAGACGCGCGAAACAUGACGUGGACUGGGUUGCUCAGCUGCCUCAACCCGGAGAUCACGCAGCAUCUCAAAAACAGAGCACAGGCGCGCUUUCUCGACAUGCUGCCAUCAGCUAGCAAAGAGCCUUUGGGCCUGGCACCAAUGGAGCUAGAUAUGCCCGCUCCAGACAUGAAGGGAUGUGACGAAAUGGCGGAGAGUCUGGUGUCAGUCGUCGAUGCGAUCGUCAGGGGAGGUUCCAUGGGUCGCCCGCCGCAGCUUGUGUCGGCCAUGGCCGAUAAGCUCAUGGAUCUCUGGGAGAUCCUGACGAUGAGCCCGAUGUCUGCAGCCCAAGUAGAAACCCGUCAUGCUGUCCAGAAGCACUGGCUUCCGCACCUUUUGACGUUCAUAACGUUGCACACGGCGACUUUUGACACGUCCAAGGCUAGUAUCGAGGUGCGGGCCCGUGCCGUUCUGGCACUCUCGGGUAUUAUGAUCGAGCUCUCCAAUAGCCUGAUGGGCCCGGUAGACUCUUCGGCAACUUCUGAGCCGAACCCAUCGGCGCUCAUCCAGCGCGUUUUCGACUCGGCGCUGGUAUUAGUCGACAGCCUUCCCGAAGAUGUACGAGCUGGGGUGGGUCGAGUUAUUUUAGAGAGUACGUCCGACUCUAGGCUGCGAUAUCUGAUGAGCUGGAUACCGGAUCCGGGGGCCGACAGGCACUAUUUGGUCCCUGGAGUGGGGGUCACAACCACCGGAGGCGGAUCAGACCCGAGGAGAGCUGCACUCAUAAGUCAGUUGACAGCAGCUCCUCCAGAGUCGAGGGGGAAGCCUUUCGCGCCGAGGCGGUGGGAGCUACUCAACGAGCCCACACCGAACAUUGGCGAGAACGACAGCAGUCUGAGCUUGACGCUGUUCAAGGCUUUCAAGUUGCAAUAACCAUAAUUCCUUUUGUAAAUACCUCAUGCAUUUCUCUUUUCUCUGUCGGAUUUAGGCUUUUUUUAGGGUUUUUUUUUUCUUUGGGAAAGUCUCAUUGUUUGGCGCGUCGCAUUGCAUGGGAGAUCGGAUGAUUUUUCCAAAGUCACGGGCAUGAGAACGAACAGGGGCGGGGUGUUGGUUGUCCUUGGGAGAUUGGUCUUCUCAUUACUUUUUUCUUCGCCUCUCUUUUUUAUUAUCAUACCAUAUAGUCCCAUUUUAACUUCCUGUGUAUAGCGAUUCUUUUUCAUAAUUCCCUUUUGUCUCCCUCUUCCAUUCUUUAGUAUGUUCUCUUCUUCCUCUGCCGCGAUUAUUUGCUGCACAAUCUGUAACAAAGCAACACGACGGACAAGACGGGGGAUGACCGAGGGGUCUUGAUGGGGACCGCAGAGGGCGACUUUUGCUGCCCCUGGGAAGUAUGUAUAUAAGGUAUAGCUAGGGCCAUGUUAUAUGGCACCCAGUGUGUUUUUUAUUCGACCUUCAUUUUGACCUCGCAGCGCUUACAUGGUACAGUAUACUUGUUCACAGCUUUGACAGGAUUCUACGGGAAAUAAAUUCAAUGUUACUGAGGUCUUGGAUAGGGGUAACUUAUUCAUAUAUGGCGCAGCAGUGUUCAAGAUAAAACUCGGCAUUCAAUUUACCCAUUUUGAGGACUAUCAAGUUCACAGUGGAA